GGGCCCGGCCCCUCGCAGCCCCCGCCUCCUCCCCCGCCCCCGGGGCCGGGAGGAGCCAGCGCCGCGCCGAGGCAUGCCGGGCCCCUGGGCCGCGCCGCCGCCCAGGCCGGCUCGGCGGGGCCGGCAGUGAGCAGGCGGCAGGCGCCGCCGCCGCCGCCAUGAAGAGCCCCCAGGAGGCCGGGGAGCCGCCGCCGCCAGUUGACUGCAUCCAGCUGAAAGUGCCGGUCAUUCAGCAGUUGUACCACUGGGACUGCGGGCUAGCCUGCUCCAGGAUGGUGCUUCAGUACCUGAACCAUUUGGACAAUGAUGAAUUUCAGAAAGCCAUCCAGGAACUCCAGUUAACAAAGAGCAUCUGGACUAUUGACCUGGCCUACCUAAUGCGGCACUUUGGUGUUAAGCAUAAAUUUUGCACCCAGACGCUUGGAGUGGACAAGGGCUACAAAAAUCAGUCGUUUUACAGGAAGCACUUUGACACAGAAGAGAAUCGAGUGAACCAGCUCUUUGCACAAGCCAAAGCCUGCAAGGUGCUGGUGGAGAAGUGCACAGUAACUGUUCAAGACAUCCAAAAACACCUGUCCCAAGGUCAUGUAGCCAUUGUCCUAGUGAAUGCAGUCCUCCUAUUGUGUGAUCUUUGCUCAAGUCCUGUCAAAUACUGCUGCUUCCUCCCCAUUGGACAGAAGUGCUUCUGCAGGAAUCCCGACUACCAGGGCCAUUUCAUUGUGUUAUGUGGCUACAACAAAGCCUCAGGGAGUAUUUACUACAACAACCCUGCCUAUGCUGACCGAACAUGCUGCACCAGCAUCAGUAACUUUGAGGAAGCGAGGACAAGUUACGGCACUGAUGAAGAUAUUCUGUUCAUCUACACAGACAGCUGACGUCCACGCCUGAUACUUGUGGUCCUUUCCUGUGCAGCCUGCAUGGCAGCUGGCUGCUUGUCUCAGGACUCCCCCUGCAGAGACCUUCCUCCUGAAUUGCAGUGGGAUCUUAAACAAGGGAGGCUUUAUAGACAUUGAUAGGACUAUAUUGCAAUGCUGUCUUUACCUUUUUUUUCUGAUGAUGUAUCUGAUUUUGCAAUGUAUGUAUCCGUUUUUUGUUUGGGGUUUUUUUCCCCCCUCAUUUUCAACAUCGCAUAUUUGACAGCAGUUUUAAAAUACAGGCUCAGAGCCUUUGAGCUUAUUUUCAAAUUAAACACAUGAGAUAAAAAGCACCAAAUUUAUGAACUUUAACACCUGGUAAUACAUGCAUAGGUUUAGGUAAACAAAACCAGAAAAAAAAAAAAAAAAGAAAAUACCUGUUUCUCUCUCUCUGUCAAAGCAUCAAGGGUUUCUUCAUCCUAAAUCUAGGGAUUUGAGGUUCAGUGGGGUAUUAUGGAAGGAAAAAAUACUAACUUAAAUCACUUUUAAAUAACAAAAAAAUACCUUGCUGGCUCAUCAGUAUUGUCUGCAUUGUAGGAGUGAAACACAAUUACUUAAGGAAGCUUCCUAUGUACCAAAUUCACCUUACACAAAUUUAGCAUUUAUGCCACUAUAUUAAAUUUUGACUCGUAGUUCUUGGUAUUGUUCCUUGUACUACAAACUCGGUCUCUUUUAGCUAAAUCCUCUAGAAUGACUCCUCAGAGCUCUGUAUUGCCCCAAAAGUUUAAGUGAAGAUAUUUUAUUUGUACCUAGACGUUUUCAUUGCUCUUUUCAAAAACCUCUGAAUGUUAUGCCACCCACAUGGGCCAGUUUCCACAGACUCCAUUCUAAAUAUAAAAUAUAAACUUACUAAGCAAAUACAGAAAAUUAUCAUCCAUGCUAAUUAUAUUAAUUUUGUGUAUAAAUUAUAAAUACCUGACAGCAUAUACUGGAUUGUAACUAAAAUGCUGAAUCAUAAUUUGAGCCAAAUUUAGCUAUUGUUACUAGUUCAGUGACCUUCUAAGAAGAGCUGAAAUCAAUUAAGAAAAGAAGGAAUACAAAUGUCUCUGUUACAAGUAAGAGGCAGUAACUCAGACUUUUUAGCUCUUAUAAUACAGCUGUAUUUGGAUUAAGUUGGAGUUACUGUAUUCAGACAUGAUCAAAUGAAAUUUUUAGCAGCCCACACAUAAUCCUUUCAUGGGUUUAAUUACUUUGCUGAGGAGCACUGUUAAGUGUAAGAACCAAAUUCAUCCAUCACAAUUUCCUACAAGUCUUGAUCUCAAGUCCUGCCUACGUUGAAACGGGUAGAAAAAUCAAUACUGAUGUGACGCUAGCAAAAUUUUAUUUUGCACUUAAGACAGAGAUCCCACAUCUUUGGCAUGGUUUUAGGAAAAUUACUGUUCAAGUUCUGGAACUGCGUGGAAUAACAGUAAAAGGACAUUGUUACUUAGUAGUGGAAAUAAUACAUAGGAAUCUACUUUUUAGCAUGGUAGCAAUUUUUUCUUAGAGAAAAUAGUUUAUCAUCAGUUGACUUACUAAAAAGUAUCUGGAAAGUGUACAAUAAGUACACUUAAUAGAAUCAAGAGUGCUCCUUUGUACAAAGGCUAAAAAUAGUAACAGACAUUUCAAAAGCAGUAGCCUUUAAAAAGUUCCAAACAGAAAGUACGUGACAAAAAAUUUUCAGUAUAUCGAAUUUUGCUUAUCAUUGGUGAGGUUGGAAUACAUUCUGGCACUUAUACACGCAAAAUGAGUAAAAGUUAAGAUGUGAUUUGUGAGCAGUAGAACCAGUACAUUGCUGCCACCAGCAGUAUCCCAGAAAAAAGGUACAAAACCUAUUUACAAGAAAAGGCCUUCCCACUCCUCCACAGUCAGUCACCAGAAGGCUACUGAUCUGGGAAUUUUUAUGUCCAAGUCCAAAUUAAUGAUGUUUGAUUUAGAGAGACUGUAUUAGCUAUGUUACUAAUUAACAGGUAUGUAAAUUACAGGUUGAUAGAGUACGUCCUUAACCCGUUCAUUUUCAGGUAGGUAGUUCAUUCCAUACCAUUAAAUUGCCAAAGGAUUAAUUUUAGAGCAGGCUUGGUUAGCUAAAUAAAAACAAUUCUUACAAUAGGCUUGUAAUUGACAUUUAGCCUCUUACUGGUUCAGUUAUCCAAAUGCAAAUCUUGAGCUUAUACAUAAAACAUGAACUUAAGGGCAUGCUUAAGUGUUCUGAAGUGCACAGAUAGGUAUAACAAUAUUGACUAUUAAAUGUUUGGUACCCAGGGUUUAAAUACUUCAACAAAACUGAAAGAUAAAGAAACAAAGCUGUUUAAGCUAAUGCAGACAAAAGGAGAGCUUCACCAUUGCAUCAGGAUCUCUUGCAGCCGCCAAAUGGAAGAUGGCUAUGAGAGAUGAAAACAUGAGGAAGAACCAAAAGCCAAGUGAAAAGACUGAGUAUUUAUAUGACACAAAUUCAGAUUAAAAAGAAGCUCUCUGCGCAAGCAUUCAGAACGUCCGCAUUUUCUGAAACUGUUUUCCAUUACAACAUUGUCUAUCAAAAUACUCAUUCUGAAAAUGUUUUGUCACUUUGUUUCCUUCAUGAUGUCAAUAGCAAAGGAAGGGGUAUUUUACAUGCAGGGAUUUUAUACAUAAAUAUAUUUUUAUUUGUAAUUAAGCCAUUCUCAAUAAAGGUUUAAAGUCACAGAUAACCCUGUAUCAAUGUAGUGAGUGCAUUUAUUAACUAGCUUAUUAUGAAAAAUGCUGGAAAAAUCUUUAGAGGACGUUAUAUACUUAAUGGCAAUGGCAUAGAUGAAAUUUUAAUUUGGAAAAAAUUAUCUAAGAGUUCAAAUAUUUAUUUCAGCUAUAAAUUCAUAGUUGCUAGUCUGUAAAUUGUAGUCAUUCUGCACUUCCUGAACACAUACUGCAUCACCUGAAUCAUACAAAACAAAAUUUCAAUACACAUCAGUAGCUGAGAACAGCAAAUGUGCUGCUAUUAUGUAUGUUCAACAGCUGUUUUGUGUACUCUGCAACCACCAAGUAUCCUACUGGAGUGCAGCUCCAGGGAAGUAGUUUUUGUUACCCAUCCUGAUCCCUAAUAGCAUCUCCAUGGCUUUCUGUUCACAAUGAAAAGUAAGGCAACUGCACCAGCUUUGCCUGUGCUUUAGCUGGCGUUUCUAUUUUUGCCUCACAACGCAGCACUGAGCUUCUGAAGAUAUUAAAAGCAUCUGUCUGCAGCACUACUUUUGCACCUCAUGGAGCCCAUCAAAGACAUUGGUUGAACUGUGGCUGUAAUAUGUAGCAUAAAGUGAAACAAAGAACCAGUGGUCUUGCUUUACAGCACCCACAAAUCUUCAAACAACUAGGACAUGUCUGGCACGUUACUUAGCUCUAACAUCAAAUAGUUCAUAAUUUAAAAAAAAACAAAACCAAAAGAGAUGAAAACAAUUUAUGCCUCCUUUCCCCCUAAAGUGUGCAUUUGGGUAGAGGGUAAAAACUGGAAAGCAGAAGUAAAUGAUUAUAUAUAAACUUUUAUGUCCUCUGAACCCAUCAUUUCCACCAAACUAUAUCACAGUACU